ACGACGUUUCAAGAUGUCCGCUUGCGGCUCGUCGAAGCUUUCGACGAGUUGAAGCCAAGCAGCAUCAAGGGCUGCAUUCACAAGGCCGACCGGCAGCUCGAGAGGCUGGCCCAGUACAUCAAGGACCAAGAGGACAACGACGACGACAGCGACAGCGACGCCAGUAGCGAUAAGUGA